AUGGAGUCUCCCGGGGAAUCGGCAGACCGCGGCGUACGCGGCCGGGGAGCACACGGCGGCGAGGAGGGCCGAUGGGACGAGGACCCUGGGGAGUUUGACGGUGGCGGCGGCGCGGAGACGUCCUCGGGGACCCCCGCGGAGAGCGCCGCGCCCGUCGCGCCCGAAUACUGGACCGCCCAACACCUCCCCCAGAAGGACUUCGACGAGGCGGUGGCGCACUCGCGGAGCGCCGCCGUCGAGUUCGGCGACCACUCGCCAAGCCUCCAGGCCUUAGCGGGGCCCGCGACUGCGGAGGUCGACGCUUUGAAACCGCUCUACCGCUGGGGAGAAGCCGAGGUCCUCGAGCACAACGAGCGCAAGGACACCCCCCCCGUCAACGAUCGCUUCGUCGCGAAUCGCACGGAACUUCCCUCCGGCGCGUUCGUCUUCCCGCCGCCGCCGGCCGGCGAGACGACGCAGGCGCUCCCCGUGACCGUCCUCGACGACGGGGGGGGGGAGGUGACUUUCGCCAACCUCUCGUUCUUUGCGCGGAAGACGGAGGACGGGGCGGUGCGAGUGCACCCCUCCAUCGAGAGGCGUGUGCUGCACGUCCUGCGCCAAGCGGGCGAUGAGACGCACGGCGUGGAGGCGGCGAGCGCGUCGACCGGCGUUCGGACGCGGUGCGCGUGGACCGCAGAGGAACGUUGGCAAGGGUGCGCUGCGGCGCGAUCGCCGAAUCACCCGAGCCUUUUCUCCAAGGGUCUCAAGGUGCUCACGAACGGAGACAUCAUCGUCCAAUUCCAGUGUGGAGCCCUCGGCUUCCGCCACAGGAGGCUCGGCGACGGACGCUCUAAGUGUCUCGCCCUGACCCACGUCCGAAUCGCCGCGGCCGACAUCCCAGUCGUCGCCGACUUCGACUCUGUGGACGCCCCCACGGCGGUAAGCAGCGGCACCUUACGCGUGCACGUCCUCGAGCGAUGUGUGCAUCGCGCGAACCCCCUCGGGCGCGAGAUGGCGAAGCGCGGGGAGAUUCCCACCCCGACGAUUUGGAAGGUCGCCGCCGGGGUGAAGGGCUAUCUCGCCAACCGUCUCUCUGAGGCGGGAGGCAGCGCGUGUCUGAGCGCGGGUGCAAAUAACGCGCACGGACGCGCGUUCGCCGACGUCUCCCCCCUUCGCAUGAUGUGCGGCGAUCUGUCCAUCGCCGGCGGUUCGGAGACGGACGCGGCGCGCAAGAUGCGAUGGAGGACGAGACAACGCGGACAGGACGGAUAUGUUGCGGGCGCGGAGUGCAGCCCCCGCGACCGAGAGACGCUGGCGGUGAUUACCGCCGCGCGAAAAGCCGUCGCACACGGCAAGCAGAGACGUCUGGGAAACCCAGUCAGGCUUCUCGACGAGCUCAACCUGCGCGCGGCGUUCGCUGACGAUGGGCGGAUCGGGCGAUUAGAGCAGUUGGUGUUUUGCUCUGACACGACGACCAGCACUGGUCUCCUGGUGGAUUCGACUAAAAAGGUUGUGUACGCGUUGGGUGACGCCAACAAGCGCGUCCUCCUCUUCAACACCAUCGGGUACAUUCCGACCCCGUACAACGGCACCGGCGGGCUUGACGCGAUCGAGCUCGUGCACGAACGAGGCCGCGCAGAGGACUACACCACCAUGCUGUCCCCGAUCGUCAGCGCCAUCGAUCGCCUCGCGCCGAGGGACACCCGCUGUGGUGUGAUUUGCACGGACCAGGACAUCGCGUUGGACGACGGGUUGUGCCACUCGUUCAACGGGAUGCCGUUCCUGCAGCGCAAGGACGCGCCGAGCGCCCUCUCCUACGAGGCGGAGAUCACGCGCCGACAACUGGAGUUCGCGCGCGUGGCGACAACGGGGAAACGUGUCCUCGCGGCAGCCGCCGACGCGUUGCCGCCUGAGUUGCGCGAACUCGCUCGGUCGCCCGACGCGGUUCGGCUGAAGGCGGAUAGCGACAAGGGCGCGAUGACUCUCGCCGUCGACCCACGAUUGAUCGCGUCGAUCGCGUCGAUCUGCGAGGGCGACGACCCGCCGCCGAGUGCGGUUGUCGAAGCCUCGACGCUGAUCAGAAAAUGGGAAACCGACGCGCCAUCUACGCGCAGCAUCGUUCGCGGACUCGUCUGUUUUACGCACUGCCGGGUGCACAAGCACGGGGUGUUAAAAACCAUUCGAUACGGCGAGCGAUACGCGGCUUCGUUGACCGAGGAAGCGAAGGCGGUGGCGCGCACCGCCGCCUACAACCUGAUCGUGAGGCCCUUCGUGAAACCGCGCGCGGACGGAGGGGCGUUCGACGGCCCCCACGAAAUCGAGGCGCUCCUGCGUUACUGUGACGUGAUCCCCGACGUGCUGCGUUACCGGUGGAUCGCCGUGGACGCCGAGCAUCGACCCCCGUCAUGGCAAGAGACGGUACGCGUCCGUGAGGCGACACGCGCAGAAGACAAACCUGACCGUCUCGCUUUUGAGAUUUUGGCGAACGGUAAGGUGCUGUUCCGGGCGUGGAUCGUCAAGAACGCGGUUGCGCGGAAGGGCGCGAUCCCGAGGCUCGGAGGACGCAACGCACAACCUCGUAUCGAUGACAUGGGCGCCGAGGACGCGAUCGCGAGGCUUGACGAUGAAGACGCCGAGGGCGACGAGGACGACGAGGACGACGAGGACGACGAGGACGACGAGGACGAGGGGGGAGACGACACGAUGGACAUGGAUGUAGUCAGCUCGGGAAACGACUCGGUCGUCGAUCUCAACGUCGACGCUAGCGGCGGCACGUCCUUCGACGCUUUCGCAAACCCCGUCUUCAUCGUCGACAAGGAUGGGGACCUCUCGGUGCGCCAUCUUCUGGUGUGGCACCUGCGAUUUUUCGGCAUCACCGGUCCGACUGUCGCCGCCAUGUUCCCGGCUGCGCGGACGAACACGCAAAAGUUGGAAGCGUUCUUCAAGACGCUCAAGCACAACGUGUUCGACAAGAAAAGCCUCCCGGUUUUGAUGUCUGAGUACAUCAUAAACCGGUACGCGACGGUGGGCGAUCGGCAGACGAGCCUCACAGACGAUUCGAACGCGCAGUUUACGGCGCGAUGGCUAUCCAACACCACGCCGACGCGGCGUAAAAAGAGCGCGACGCCUCGCCGCGCGCCCGAGUCGACGUGGGGAGACAAAGCGGACAGGGCGAACGAGCAGUCGCUCUGCGGCGUGGUUUACAAGAAUGGCAAGAAGUGCAAGAACAAGCAUUGCAAGACUUGCACGAAUGACCCAAAGAGAUGCGGUUACCACUGCAAGUGCGAUGGGCACGCACGCCACAAGGGGAAGACGAAGAGUGCCAAGGAUUUGGCCGCGGUGUUCGAGUGA